GGUUAUCUGAUGACCAUUCACGUUUUCAAAACCAUGGGUUUAAGUUGCUAUUUUGUUAGAUUUAGGUGUAGCAUGCAAGCAGUAUUCCUUCAGAUACAGUCCGAAUCCUCCAGCAGCAGUCCUAGACUAGUCCUUACUGCUACAUAUAUAUUAUAUUACAAGUCUGCGUCUUCCUGUUUCAGUAUAUAGAAGAAUAAAUGAGUAAAGAGCGAACCCCAGCAAAAAUUAAUGAGUAAAAUAUUAAAGUUUCCCGCGAAGAGCGGUGUAUACCUUCUCAUUGCCGCCACAGCCACAGCCACAGCCACUGGCGUGGGCUUGCAAUUCAGCCCAAAUUCAGCCGAAUCUUUCCUCACUUCCUCCUCCAAAUUUACCACUCUCUACCAUGGCGUCCUUCGCUCGUCUCGUGCAAUCUCCACCAUUGCCUGCACUGUUGUUGACUACAAGUAUUCUUUACAUGGCCUGCCUCUGGAUUCCGAUGACUACCUUCGCGUUUUAUCUGAGGUCCACCUACGCUCGGCCAAAAGAAUCCUGAAAUUAUGUGAAGCAAAUAAAGGUUUCUAUGUCAAAGCUGGUCAGUUUGUUGCUGCCGUGCGGCAGGUUCCAAAAGAAUACUCAUCAACUCUUUCUUCAUUACAGGAUCAGGCAGUUCCUUGUCAUUUCAAGGCUAUAAAAAAGGUUCUAAUCAGCAACCUGGGACAGGAUUUGUCUGAGAUAUUUCUGUCACUUGAUGAGCAACCAAUAGCUGCUGCCUCUAUUGCUCAAGUGCACCAUGGGAUCUUGAAAGACCACAAAGAAGUAGCAAUUAAGGUGCAAUAUCCCGGGUUAGAGGACCUGAUGAAACUAGACACAAGUACAAUGUCUUUCCUUUCGAAAUCCAUUGCAUGGCUUCUUCCUGAAUACAGGUUUCAGUGGCUAGUGUCGGAAUUUGUGGAAGCUAUUUCUUUAGAACUUGAUUUUAUUCAGGAAGCAAGAAAUUCUGAGAGAACUGCCAAAAACUUCAAAAACAAUGACAUGGUCCGGGUUCCUCAUGUAUAUUGGGAGUUGACAACAACCCAGGUUCUGACAAUGGAGUUUUGUCGGGGUCAUAAGGUUGAUGAUGUGGAAUUAUUAAAAGAGAUGGGAAUCAAUCCAAUCAAGGUUGCAAAAGCAUUGAUGGAAGUAUUUGCUGAAAUGAUAUUCAUCCAUGGUUUCAUUCAUGGAGAUCCUCACCCUGGUAAUAUAUUAGUUUCUCCAGAAGGUCGGAAUGGCUUUUGUUUGGUUCUUUUAGAUCAUGGAAUCUACAGACAACUGGAUGAAGGAUUUAGAAUUGACUAUUGUGAACUUUGGAAGGCUUUAAUUCUUCUGGACGCAAAUAAAAUACAACAGCUAGGUGAACGAUUUGGUGUUGGAAAGUACUUUAAAUACUUGCCUCUCAUUUUCACUGGAAGAACUAUUGACAGUAAAUCAACUCUUUUGGGGGGAAUGUCUAUUGAAGAGAAAAGGAAUUUAAAGCAGGAGUUGAAGUCUCUGAAGAUGGAGGACAUAUCUUCAUUUAUGGAAUCUCUGCCUCCAGAAUUUUCCAGAAUAUUGCGUACAGAUGGGCUACUGAGAUCUAUCAUUAGCAGGUUGGGUGCUUCACAACGGGUUAGGUUGCUAGCCUAUGCCAAAUAUGCAUUGCAUGGUCUUUCUCCAAAGUUGAAGCCUCAAUUUGACUAUGGUGUAAAAGUUGUAUUAUCCAGAUUGAAGACAAAUGUUAGUUAUCUUCAGUUAAGGCUUGUUCUUGAGAUAUUGGAGCUGCUCUCUUUGAUGGAGAAUGUCAGGCAUUUUCUCCGUGUCUUGUCUAAAAGGUUUGUUGAUGCAAUGAGAACCCUAACACUUUCUUUGAGCAUUGAAUUCAAGCCAAUUUGAAAAGUUCUUUAUCUUUUUUUUUUUUCCUUCUUUUUUGAUAAGUGAGUUUUGGCCCCAAGUAAAUUGUGUUACCCCUUAGGAUUGCCAAUUUGAAGAUUCCUUGUAAUGUUGUCUCAAGUUUUAUUCCUUUUGAUGUGUCCCCUGAAUGUUCAACAUCUUACUGUCUUAAACGGAGCUCUAGCGCAUGUAACCUUGGUCUGAGGGUAUAUUCUAAAACUGCAGACGUGGAUGUUGUUAUUGUUGGCUUUGACUGUUAUAUAGACUUUGAGUUCUGAUACAUGUGAGACAAUUAUUCUUUUCUGGUUACAGUCUAAAGACCAAUCUGAGAUUUUGGAA